AAGUAAUUACAGAUUUCUAAAAAAUAUUAUCUUACUUUUUUCCCUAAUAUAUUAAAAAAUAGAAAACCAAAAAGUAAUUACAGAUUUCAUUUUUCUGAAUGCCAAACUUGUACAUUGUAAUUGAUGGAUGUAAAAAAAACUUUGCUUUGCUUUCCUUCUUCCACUCAAAAUGUUGUUUUCACAAAAUUGAUGCGAAAAUUUCUCUGCAUUUAGAGAGAGAGAGAGAGAGAGAGAGAGAGAGGAAUAGUUUUUUGUUUUGUUUUGUUCUUGGGAGGGAAACAAAAAUGGAGAAUUGUGAAACGGAUCACGAGGAGGAGGUGGUGGAGAAGAUGACGUCAUCUCCGACGUCGGAGGUUGUGGAUGAUGAAGGGUUUGUUUCAAAUUCGACAUUGGAGAGAGUUGCAGCAGCGAAGAAGUAUAUAGAGGACCAUUACAACAAACGCAUGAGACACAUCCAACAACGUAAAGAAAGGCGUUUGGUGCUAGAACAAAAGAUAGCAUCUUUAGAUGUAUCAGAGAAAGAACAACUCGAGUUGCUUGAAGAUUUGCAGAGGAAAGAGACAGAGUAUACUAGGUUAAUGAGGAACAGGCUUUGCGUUGAUGACUUUGAUCUUCUUAGUAUUAUUGGUAGAGGCGCUUUUGGUGAGGUAAGACUAUGCCGUGAGAAAAAGACUGGCAACAUUUAUGCCAUGAAGAAGCUGAAGAAGUCUGAGAUGCUUAGUAGAGGGCAAGUUGAACAUGUUAGAUCUGAGAGGAACUUGCUAGCUGAAGUUGCUAGUGACUGUAUUGUCAAGCUUUAUUAUUCGUUUCAAGAUCCAGAGUACUUGUACCUCAUCAUGGAGUAUUUGUCCGGUGGUGAUGUGAUGACUUUGCUUAUGAGGGAAGAGACAUUGACUGAGACCGUGGCUCGGUUUUACAUUGCACAAAGUGUUUUGGCUAUUGAGUCGAUACAUGAACAUAACUAUGUUCACAGGGAUAUAAAACCAGACAACCUUCUGUUGGACAAGAAUGGUCAUAUGAAGCUGUCAGAUUUUGGUCUUUGUAAGCCUCUCGACUGUAGACAUAUAUCGGCUAUGAAAGUAAAUGAGCCUUUGAAUGAUGAGAAUACGAAUGAAUCAAUCGAAUGUGAUGAGCACUGCUCCAUAGGACGCCGUGGAAGGCGUUGGAGAAGUCCGUUGGAACAGCUGCAACAUUGGCAGAUACACAGAAGAAAACUGGCAUAUUCAACUGUUGGUACCCCUGAUUAUAUUGCCCCUGAAGUGUUGCUCAAGAAGGGAUACGGUGUAGAGUGUGACUGGUGGUCUUUAGGAGCCAUUAUGUAUGAGAUGCUCGUCGGUUAUCCCCCGUUUUACUCUGAUGACCCUGUAACAACAUGUAGAAAGAUUGUGGGAUGGAGAACUCAUUUGGUAUUCCCAGAGGAUGCAAGGUUGACACCCGAGGCACGAGAUCUCAUUUGUAGCCUGCUCUGUGAUUCUGAGUAUAGGCUUGGUUCUCAUGGAGCUGGAGCCGAGCAAAUCAAAGCUCAUCCUUGGUUCAAAGAUGUGGAAUGGGAAAAGCUAUACGAGAUGGAUGCAGCUUUCAAGCCAGUUGUCACUGGAGAACUUGAUACCCAGAAUUUUAUGAAGUUUGAUGAGGUGGACUGUCCUAAGCCAACAAGAACAGGAUCUGGACCAUCAUGGAAGGUGAGCAUAACUCCUCAAAACAUCAACUUUGUGGGAUAUACAUACAGAAACUUUGACGCUGUCCGGUCUCGCCGUUCUUUAGAUAUCAAAGGAAGCCUUUCGCCACCACGCUCAUCAACUGAUUCCACCCUAAGUGACUCUGCAAUCGAUUACGCAAAAUUUUCUACAGUUGAUGAUUCACAACAAUGACUCGAUCCAAGUCAUUCCUCUGCAACUUUUAUAUGUUUCUUGAUCCAUUGAUUUUUUUUUAUUUUUGUUUUUUUUAUUUUAAUUGUACAGCCAUAACUGCGUGCAGCUGCAUAGGGAAGAUAAGAUGUUGAAGAAACUCUCUUUUUCCACAGCUGCUUUUUAAUCUGCCCAGAAUUGGCUGUUCAUGUUUUAUUUCUUGCACGGCCGUUUUAUCUUGUGGGAGUUUCCAGCCGUUUAUUUCCCGCCAUUGUUUACUUAAUUAUUGUUAGCAACAUCCAAAAGGUUUUGAUUUUUUUUUUCUAAUGUUUCAAAAACACUGUGCGGGUAUUUGAUCAUCUUCUUUUCUGCUUUUACUGGUUAGUAAAUAUUGUUAUGCUCUUGUUAAUAUAUUUACUACUACAUUUAAAAUCUGACUGGUAAG